AUGGGUUCAAUGCCAGAGGUCAAGAAAGCUCCUCAGAUUGACCUUGCGGGUCUCGUUCCAGCCCCAGUUACGCCAUUCAACAGGGAUGGCUCAGUCGACUAUGCUGCUAUCCAACGCCUAGGUUCAUGGCUCGGCAGCAUUCCUGGCGUUAAGGGACUAGUAGUCCUUGGACACGCCGGCGAGGGUACUUUCCUUACUCAAGAAGAGCAAGUAGAAGUCAUCAAGGCCUUUGUCAAGUCCGUCGAUGACAAGAUACCCAUCAUUGCGGGAAUCACAACCGAAGGCACAGAGGUAGCAGCCCUCGAGGCUCAACGCGCAAAGGCUGCAGGAGCCAAGGCUGGUCUCCUGUACCCCAGCCAUGGCUGGCUGCGUUUCGGAUACCAGCCUGGUGCUCCACAAGACAGAUACAAGACGGUGUACGAGAAAUCUGGACUUCCUCUCAUCUUGUUCCAAUACCCCGACAACACAAAGGCGACCUACAACCUUGACACUCUUCUCGAAAUCGCCGCACAACCCGGUGUUAUCGCUAUGAAGAACGGUGUCCGCAACAUGCGACGAUGGGACGUGGAGAUUCCCAUCAUCAAGAAGCAAAAUCCCGAUUUGACUAUCCUUACAUGCCACGACGAAUACCUACUACACACAUGUUUCGAUGUCGAUGGCAUGCUUGUUGGAUACGGUAACAUUGCACCAGAGCCACUCCUGGAGAUGAUUGAAGCUGGAAAGGCGAGGGACUAUCCUCGCGCAAGAGCUAUCCACGACAGAUUGCUUCCUGUGACUAGGAACGUCUACCACCGCGGUUCGCACAUGGAGGGCACAGUAGCACUGAAGCACGGACUGGUGGCGAGAGGUAUCCUGGAACAUGCGACGGUCAGGAGUGGGCUUCUGCCACUUCAGGAUGGUGCGGAGCAGGAGAUCCACGCUGCUUUCAAGUCGGCCUCACUGGGCAAGGUAUCACCGCCCAAAAGCAGUUAG